ACUGUUAAUUUCCCUCUUUACCAUUUCUCCAACGCUUGCGUAUCCCAAUCGUCAGUAAAACGGAAAAUCACGUCAGGAAACUGAAACAAUCAAUCGUGACCGUCAGAUUCUGUCGCUGAAAUCUUAUAUAUGUCAACUGGUUUCUUUACUUUUAGCAGCUCCUUAAAUCCAUUAUCGCCAUGAUUAUCAGUUAAAUUCCAAUCUCCCUCUUAUAUAUGUAUCCCCUCCAUUUCACUUGCAUUUCAUAAGACAAAGGCUGCAAGCAGAGAGGAAUGAUUUUGGAUCAACUGUUCCAGUAUUGUUCUGCAAACGAAAUUCUCCUCAUUUAAUAUGGAUAUCCCUGUUUUCUUCUUCUACAAUCAGAAGCAAUAUAAAUAGAUUCUCGACGAUUGUUUAAAGGGGCAAGCCAGCAAAGUCAACGGAGCGAAACCACUCAGAGAAUGUAUUAAUGAGGGUCGUUGUCAUUGAAUAAAAACUACAACAAUCAGAAGCAACCUAGAAAGCUCCUUGACAAUUGUUUAAAGAAGGCAAGCCAGGAAAGUCAACAGAGCGAAACCACUCAGAAAAUUUGUUGGGGGAGCAACUUCAUUGGUUCUUUAAAUAUUGGAGGAAUUCACUCACUUAGACAUUAAGGCACCAACCACCAUAUUUAUCUGCUCUUUCUCUAGCCAAUUAGCACUUAUCAAAACCCUUGAGGCUAGUGUUGCAUCUCCUUUUACGUCAACAAUGGAAAUAGUACCAAAGCGCCUUAAGAAGACUGAUAUUGUGAAACGAAUGACGAUCCCAAGCAAGUCCCUAAAGUGUUUCCCUCCUGUAAGUGGCAAGCAUAUGGUGGAUUUUCAAGUUAAAGACGCUGGUGGCCGAGACUGGAGAUUUAGAAUUUACACUCGGAAAAAGAAUUGCAAGUACCUGAAGCCAGUGCUUACCAAGGGAUGGCAAGAGUUUGUUUGCAGCAAAGAGCUUAGUGUUGGUGACAGAGUUGCGUUUUACAUGGAGAAAGAACAAGCUGGCGGUGUUAAGUAUCGUGUCAAAGUGGAAAAAGCAGUUAAAAUAUUUGGAACCGUUUUUGCUCAUAAACCAAAUCACUGCUAGGCAAAACAUAAUCUCUCCAUUAUGUGUAACCUGUAAGUAUCUGUUACGCUAAUACUUCUCUCACAAUAAAGCCAGAUGCGUAUGGUAGCAUUUCUUUGUUGUAAUUUUGGUUUAAAAUAUGGUGUGUAAAAUAACUAAAUAUCAAUUUGUCGUCCAAUCGGUUUUGAUUUUUGGUGUUUAUGAAUGGCCAAAAUGGGUUCAGCUUCAGGCCUCUUUCAAUUUUCUAUCUUCGCUCAGUGGUUAAUAAAACAAUAAAUGUUGUGACCAAACCGGGAAAAAAAAAAAAAAGUUUAAAUUAAUCGACGGUACUGUCCUUUACUAAACGACGCCGUUUAUCACAUAUCUUCUGAUUUAUUUUUGCCGAAAGCAGUUAGAGCUCGCCUCCAAAUUCCAAUCCGAGGUUACAACGUUGGAAACUCAAAAGCGCAACCCUCUCUUAACAGUUAACAACUCCUAACGUUAAUUCCUUUCUCGGCUUUUACAAUUACGUAUUACAACCCGACAACAAAGUGUGUAGGAAAAGACCAAUUUUUGUUUAGACAAAUGAAGCGAAAAAGAGGGCAUAAAAAAGGAAACAAAGCUAAAUCCAAUGCUGCUAUGGUGGCUACAAAUGAGGAAGCCGUGAAUGUUGUGAGUGUGAAUAGUGAAGAUGACUCAGUUAAUGAUGAAUAUGAGUCUGGAAUGGAAGUUGAUACUCCUUCAUCAACCGGAACUGAUCAGGCAUUGAAUGUUGCUAGUAUAAAUCCUGAUGGUUCUGUUGAUAAGGCUGUCGGAAAGUCAGUUGGUCGUGUUAAGGUGAAGCUGAAGACAUCAUCAAAAUUGUUGGAAUCUGAUGUGCCAUCGCAUAGUGAUACUGACAAGAGUAGUCCACAAAUGGGAUUUGAGAGACGAGGUGGGGUUAAUGAUAAAAUGGAAGAUAGUGCUAAUUCAUCAGCAGAGAUGAAAAUGGGUGUUUCUAGUAGUGUGUCAAGGAAAGCUGGAAGUAUUAAGAUUAAGUCAUCAAGGAUGUUGGGUAGUUCAAAUGUUGAUAAAAGUGGUAAUACUAUAGCAGCAGAACGUGAGGGUUCUUUUCGGAAAGAUGUAAAGAUGCCUUGUCAGGGUUCUCGGUAUAAUAAGCAAGAACUAGAUUCUGCUUUGACGGUGAUUAAGAAAGUGAUGAAAAUGGAAGCAGCUGCUCCCUUCAAUGAGCCUGUGAAUCCUGAGGCUCUGGGAAUACCUGACUAUUUUGAAAUCAUAGACACUCCAAUGGAUUUUGGAACAAUAUGCAACAAUAUUGAAAAUGGUGACAAGUACAUGGAUUCAGAGGAUGUGUAUAAGGAUGUACAGUACAUUUGGGAUAAUUGUUGCAAGUACAACAACAAAGGUGAUGCUAUCUUGGACCUAAUGAGGCGGGUGAAGAAGAAUUUCAUGAAGUAUUGGACAGCAGCAGGAUUAUACAGUGAGCAGUCAAGGGGAACAAAUGGUGCUGAAGGUGGUGAAGUCGAGGAUGGUCCACUGUCUGGCCUGGGGAAGAUGCAGAUAAAAGCUGGUCAAUCAAAAAUGAAAAGUAAAAAACAUGGAAGGCGCCAUAAAAGCGAUUGUUUAUGUGCUAUAUGUGUCUUGAAGAGACGCAAGAGAGAGCGUGAGGCAAAUGCUCGAAUGGCUAAAGGUCAUAGUGGAGUCCAGGAUCUCCAGCAAGAGGAAUCUUCUCCUGUUGAUAGUCCUUGUGGUGAGGAUUCAUCUUUAAAUAUGGAUGAAUCAGUGGAUCCAGAUGCAGAUGCGGAGGUGGAAGGUGAAGGGGAGAAGGUGAAGGGAGAGGUGUCUGAGCAGCAGUAUAGCCAUAUAGAAGAGAGGCAUGAGGAGGAGGAAGAUGAUGAGGAAGAAGAGGAAGAGGAGGAUGAGGAAGAAAAUGAGAUAACGACUGUCAAGAAAGAUGAUGGUGAAACAAAAGAGCACGCACAGUUCAGUGAUAGAUUGUCAGAGGAGCCUAGUGGAAAAUCUCAGCCUGAAACUGUGGAGAAGUCUGGUGCAGUAGCCCUAAACCAGAAAGGAUCUACUCCAACACAAAAUGAGGAAGAAAGCAAAGCAGUUCAGCAACAGAGACACAAGGAGUCACAAGAAAGACAAGAAAGACAACAAAGAGCUAAAAUGUUGGAGAGUUUCCGCUUUGAAAAUCCCAUGCUCCUUAACCUAUGUGGUACUCUCUUUCCUGACAAUCAGAAGUCUGUUUGGAGUGGCCCUCAUUCAUUAGUUCAGAAUCGGGCCUCUCGAGCUAGUCAAAUUCAUGCAGCCAUUGAGAGUUUCAUGAAGUAGAUUCUUUUUAGGAUGCGUUCAAUGGUACGUGUUGAAGUUCCUUUGUCAAGAGGAUUUGACAUAACCCUGGAAAAUCUGUUUAGGUAAAAUAGAUGAUUUGUCUGUGCAAUGCAAGCAGUCUGUUUUACAUCUGUAAACUAUUAGAUGACCAGGACAAGAAAAUCUAUGCUAGACAAAAUCUAAAAUUUCUCCUCCAAUCCAAGUCUUAAUUCUCCUCUUAUUCCAACCUUCAUAUAAUCAUGGUCUU